CACAAAUCAUACCCGCACACCCUCGCCUCGUCCUCUCCCAAGCUGACUUUCCUGCGCUCGGUACUCCGAGCGCUACGCAUAAAGCCUCCAGCAAACGCGAUGGCGACGGCGACAACCCCGGCGGCGGCGGCCGAGCGUGUGUAUCCGCUCACGGCGCCACCGACACCUAAGCACGAGAAGCUCGGCGGCUACGAUUUCUACCGCUCAAUCGGGAGUCCCAAGAAUGUCCUCGCCCCGAUGGUUGAGCAGAGCGAGCUGCCAUGGAGGCUCCUCUCCAAGGCGCCGCUGCCGCCCGACCUUGCCGGCCCGAUCGAGACCAUCACCACGCCGCAGGGCAAGGAAAUCAAGCGCUUCGUUGGCGGUGUGCAUUUGAGCUACACACCCAUGGUGCAUGCUAAAGUGUUCCUCAAGACCAAGGGCGUCAAGGACCCGGUCUUCAACAUCCAGAAUGGUGAGGAGGGCUGCGGCGACGACCUCGCCGGUAUUGAAGGUGGUGACCGGCCACUCUUCGUACAGUUCUGCGCCAAUGACCCCGACGUGCUUCUCGCCGCCGCGAAGAAGGUUGAGGACCGAUGCGACGCCGUCGACAUCAACUUUGGGUGUCCGCAGGGCAUUGCUCGCAAGGGGCACUACGGCUCGUUCCUACAGGACGAGUGGGAGCUCAUCUCGCGCCUGAUCAGCACACUACACGAGAACCUCAAAGUUCCCGUGACAGCCAAGUUUCGCAUCUUCCCCAACGUGGAGAAGACGGUCGCGUACGCGAAGAUGAUCGAGGCGGCAGGCGCCCAGAUCCUGACAUGCCACGGGCGCACGCGUGAGAUGAAGGGCCAGGCGACGGGUCUAGCCGACUGGGACCAGAUCAAGGCCGUGAAGGCCGCGGUCAAGGUGCCUGUGUUCGCGAACGGCAACAUCCUGUACGGCGACGACGCGACGCGCUGCAUGGAGUACACGGGCGUCGACGGGGUCAUGAGCGCCGAGGGCAACCUGUCCAACCCCGCGCUCUUCAUGCCGCCAAACCACGAUCUCGCAUACCCCAACAUCCUUCUCCUCGCCCGGCGCUACCUCGACAUCAGCGAGCAGCUCAAGACGCCGACGAGUGGCAACGCCAUGAAGAGCCAUAUGUUCCGCGUCCUCCGCCCCAUUCUAGACCAGCACGACGACCUCCGUGACCUCCUUUCCCGCACAGGUCUCACAGAUGGCAAGGUGACCGAGUACCGCAAGGCGCUGGAUGUCAUCGAGGCGCGCAUGGGCGCCGACGGCUCCAAGCUCGGCAUGCCUGCCACGCCGAUUGGCGAGGGCGGCUACCGCGAGCUGCCGACGUGGGUCGCGCAGCCGUAUAUCCGCAAAGUUCCCGAGUCGGCAAAGGUGCCCACGGAUCCGGCGUACGCGGGCAGCGCGGCGGUGAGCGCUGUGCCGAGCCGCGCACCAUCGCCCGUCAAUGUCGCGCCGCCCGCCAAACCUUGUAUCGGCCAGCCGUGUGGUGGCAGCGCAGCGGCGCGCUGUCCCACUGGCGCGUGCGUUAUUCACUGCCGCGCCAUCAGAGCGGCAGAGCAGGGUCCAAUGAGCGUCACAGAGGCGUUGGACUCUGCCCUCCGCGGUGGACUUGUGGGCAUGGGCUGCGAAUUCCAUGAGGCCAAGUUUGCUGCACGGAACAAACGGAAGAAGGAGAAGAAUGCGAUGCGCCAGAACCACAAGAAGUGGAAGCGCGGCGUGGAGCGCGAGGAGCGCCGGCGGAGCCAGAGCCUUGAGCGUGAGGCGGAGCCUCAGGCCAUUGAGGCAUAGAGUCGCUCUUGAGCAUCACCACCACAUAUCAUUAGCACCGCACCGCUCACGAAAUAGAAUGCUAGAAUGCAUGUACUUGUAGUGUAUGAUGCUAGUCGGUCUUCCAGGGCUUG